AGAGGGGUGCGCCUGCACACCGAGUGAGUCACGAACUCUUGAGUCAGUAUAGCGGCGUGACGGUCAGUGCAUCGGCUGUGUUUCGGACACUUUAAUGUCUGAAUGAUAGUGUGCGUCCUUUAGACAGAACCACACACACACACGUGUUUCAGCACGCAGACAUUAAAGAAACGUUCAACAUUACCUGGAUGUGGACUCCCUCAUUUUAACUCACCAGAACGUCUAUAAUUGCUGUCCUGACCCGACACCCUGUAGUGAUUGCUAGCCAGCACUCCAGUUUUCUCAUAUUAUACAAUCCUCAUUACAAUUUUGGUCCUUCGAGCCGGAUAAGCAACCACUGCAGUCAAGAUGUUCAGGCCACAUGAGAGAGAAGCCAAUGAGGAACGCCCACACAGAUACAGGCAGCGGCCAUCAUAUCUCCAGGACUACGAGGUCGGUUACCCUGGGAGGUCCCGUUUUCCUGAGGAUGAGCACACCAGGCACAUAUCUUCUCCAGAAAUAAUCAGAUCAUUCAAGAGCAUGAGAGAGGAGAAUGACCGGCUGCGCCGAGAUGUCCAACGGCUGGCAGACAUGAUCCAUAGUGCUCCUACAGUGUCUUCACGGCCUGCGUCACUGCCCAAGCGCCAAGAGGAAACAUCUGCCACACCAGCACCUACAAACCAGCAGACGCCCAUCAGAGGUUUUCAAGGCCCACGUCAGCCUGUAAGUGCCCCUCCGGUGAUCAGAGAUGUUUCUCCUGCUCCUGUCGGUCGACAUGCCAUAGUAGAGUCCCUCAGACAGCGCCUGCAGGAAACAGGAUUAUCAGAUCAAGCAGAGGCACCAGACACUGCUGGCACUUCAGAUCGUCUCCCCAAGGGUGAAUAUGGACGGGAAGACAUUCCUGAGAGCCCAUCGCUUUCAGAGCAGUCACGUCACCAAGAUGACAGAGGCUCUCCCCCACGUGGUAAAGCUCACCACCAACCUGAGUGGCCUGAUAGCAAGCCUUGCUUCAAGUCUGAGGAGCAAUAUGAUCGCUAUUCUGGCCACCCCCAUCGCCGUGAUGACAGGUACCACCCUCGUUAUGACUCUUCUCCACCCCGUCAGAGUCAUCCAAGAUCCAGUAAUGAGUACAGUCGUCCUGCUCCAUCUUAUCGCCACAGUAGUCUAAGAGCUCACCCUGACAGCCGCUACUAUGGGUAUGAGAGGGGGUACUCAUCUAGUUACAGAGACCAUCCCGAUGACUCCGGCCCUGCAUAUUAUGAGAGUAGACAACGAGAGGGCAGACACUCACCUGAUCCAUCAUAUUCAUCAUCACGUAGCCACUCUCCAUACAGGAGGGCACCAGCUCGCGAGAUGUAUCGCGGACCCAAGCCAACAAUCCCAGACUUCAAGUCAGAAGACCCACGGGAGUUUGCUAGAUUAAAGCUGGCCCUGGACAAUUUAUUGCCAUAUGAUGCAUCAGAGCACUUCAAGUUUCAAAUACUCACUGAUCAUCUCAAAUGUGAGGAAGCACUGCUCAUUGCUGACUCCUACAGCAACAGUCAUUACCCAUUCACAGACACUAUGAUGGCGCUCACAGAGAUGUAUGGUCAACCUCAGCAGCUAGCAUUGAAGAGGAUCUCCAAUGUGAUGGAUGGGCCCAACAUAAGAACUGGGGACAUUAAAGCCUUUAAGUCAUUUGCUCUUCAGAUCCGUGCACUGGUUGGGAUGCUACACCAACUGGGUAAUCAGGGCUGGACUGAACUGCAGUGCGGCUCACACGUCUCUCGCCUCUUAGCUAAGUUACCACAUGACCUAAGAGCUAACUUCCACAGAUUUGUGAACCCUAUCUCCACUCCCAUCCCUACACUCCUCGACCUGGCUGACUGGCUCGAAUAUGAGGUGAGAGUUCAAGUUAGUGGAGAUCAACAUGUCAGUAACCCAUCCAGGGAGAGAUCAGCUCCAUCCAAGAGCCAACGCCCCGCUUUCAGGUCUCAGAGAUCCACCACCAUUCUCCUUGGCAGUGAAUCAGACACAAUAAAGAAAGCAGCUAUUUCUCCCACUCCAGCACAGAGAGAGGGUACACAAGAUAAGCCUAAAAAGUACUGUCCCUUCUGCGACACAGGGCAGCACUAUUUCAACCAGUGCAGCAACUUCAAGCUCCUGUCAGUGGAGCAGAAGACACAGUGGAUCAAGACAAACAAUCGCUGCUGGAGAUGUGGACGUGAGCACCUGGCCGCCAAGUGUAACCUCAAGGCCAAGUGCAAGCAGUGUGAGAGGAAACACCUGGACAUUCUCCAUGAAGUUAACACCAGCCAGAAUGCCACGGCAACUGGUAAGCCCCCAGCACCUGAAGCCAGUACAUGCCUUGUGAGUUCUGCGUCAGAGACUCUAUACAUCGACCGCCCAGCCAGCAGCCACCAAGUGUUACUGAAGCUGAGUCGAGUCAUCCUCCAAAGCGGUGACCAGCUACUUGAAACUUAUGCCAUACUGGAUGAUGGGUCCGAGCGCACCAUACUCCUGAAUGAUGCUGCUAUUCAGUUAGGUCUUCAGGGGCAGGCUGAAGAACUCACACUCCGCACAGUCCGACAGGAAAUCUGCUCCAUUCAGGGAGCAACUGUAUCCUUCACAGUGGCUUCUGCUUCAGAACCGGAGAAAUGCUACAAGAUCAACAAAGCCUUCACUGCCAGAGAACUGAGCCUAGCCCACCAGACCUACCCAGUCCAAGCUCUGCAGGACAAAUACCGUCACCUGAGAGACAUUCCCCUGCCCGCUAUCAAGGAUGCCCAACCGCUGCUGCUGAUUGGGUCAGAUUAUCCUCAUUUGAUAACUCCAGUGGAACCAGUGCGUCUUGGCCCCCUCGGCGGACCUGCAGCAGUGCGCACUAGAUUAGGAUGGACUCUACAAGGCCCUACAAGCUUGCUAUGUCAUCAACUGUCCCCACAACAGUGCCUUUUCACCAUCUGCAACCCUCCAGAAUCUGAGCUUCUCAAACAUGUGGAGAAGCUGUGGCAGUUGGAUAUCUUGCCAUACAGGAGUGAGCGUCUGAUUACCAGGUCAAGGCAGGAUGCAGAAGCCGUUCGCAUAUUGGAGAAGAAGACCACAAGAGUAAUGGUGGAUGGUGUUAACAGGUAUGCGACUCCAUUACUCUGGAAACAAAACCUCUCUCCUCUCCAUGCGUCAAAAAGAGGCAGUGCUGGCUCAGUUACGCGGAACAGAAAGACGCCUUGUGAGAGACCCAGAGAAGGCAGCUAUCUACUCCAGAGAGAUCCACAAGCUCAUUGAUGCUGGAUAUGUCAAAGCCAUUUCUCCUGCCAAAGCUGAAGAGAGUGACUAUUCAUGGUUUAUUCCCCACCAUAUGGUGCAGCACAAUCAGAAACACAGAAUUGUCUUCAACUGCUCCUUCACA